AUGACUUCAUCCCAAGAUUUGGUAUACUUCAAUUAUCACGAGUAUGUAGUUCCUGGUCAAUCCUUUCGGAAAAAUAAUUUCACUGGACCAGACAAGGAUGACGACCUACCUCUAAAUCUUGUCGUAAAUCAUUUCCCGAACCCUUAUGUUUCGCAGGAUGAUCCAGUAUAUCACAGAACAAGAAUAGUCAGAAUCCCCAGAGCAUACGAUGUGAUGGAUGGAUCCGAGGCAAUUCCUCAAUUCUCAACGUACACGCCAGGAAAUGAACCAGCGGCUCUUUCCGGUCCCGAAACCUCGGGAUAUGGGAUCCACGAGGGCUAUGUCUACGGAACCACUUCUAAAACACAACUAGUGCCGCAAUGGGUGAGCGACGCAGAGUUCCGCGAAAUUGUGACCCAUGUUAAUGCCUUGAUUGCUGAGGAAAAUCGAUCUUUGACGUGGACUUCUGCGUUGGUGAGCUUUGCUGAUGUACUUACAGUUACUCUAUUGUCGACCAUUGGGAGUCAAUUACUUAAAAAGGGUAGUAGAAUGGGCCAGAGGCUUGAUGCGUAUACCAAUAAUGUGAAUUUAGGAUUUGAAGCUCGCCAUCCAGACCUCAAGAUGAUCCUGUUGAGUCGGACUGGAUUUCUCCUGCUAGAUUUUCAAAUACCGUUGACAAGGGAAAUAAAAAAGCAGCCUUUGGACAAAACGCCUCUCAUGUCGUCUCGCUAG